GAGCAGGCGGGGGACGAGGAGGAGGCCGAGGGCGCGGAGGAGGAGGAAGAGCAGCGAGGCGGAGGCGCAGGCAGAGGCGGCAGAGGAGGAGUGCUUGCGCGGGGCGACGGCGAGAUGUCGCUGGAGGAUCGCAUCCUGGACACCUCCAAGCGGUUCGCCCGCGAGGUCAAGCAGGCCAAGGGGGGCGUCGCGGAGGAGACGGGGGUGAGCAUGGCGAAGUCCCUCCAGGCCGAGCGCGAGAGCCUCGCGGAGGAGCUGCGGCAGAGGCAGCAGCAGGUGCAGCUGGAGCGCAGCGCGCUGGGCCACGACCGCUCCCGCGCCCGGGUGCUGGCGGCGGACGUGGACGAUGAGGUGCUCGUGCUGAACUGCGGCGGGGACCUCUUCUCGGCGAAGCGGUCGACGCUCUGCCUGUACGAGGGCUCCUACCUCGCGAACCUCUUCUCGGGGCGCUGGGACUCCUCGAUCGGGGGGGAGCGGGACAGCAGCGGGCACUUCUUCAUCGACUUCGACCCCGCAUGCUUCCGCCUGGUGCUGAACUUCUUCAGGAGCAAGCGCCUGGAGAACAGCGCGCGCCCGGCGCCCGCGCCCGCCGUGCCGCCCGAGCGGGAGGAGCAGUUCCGCAACCUCGUCGAGUACUUCGGCCUCACCGCCGAGCUCCAGGAGGCCGCCAGCGCUGCCCUGCGCUGCGCCCCCGGCCCGCCCGGCGAGGCGGCGCCCGCGGGCGCCGAGCACAUGGGCUCCAGCCUGCUGCAGUCCGCCAGCGCCCUCCUCGGC